GAAUGAAGGAAGACGCAAACCUGACCAGGUUCACAACGUUGUUCUUAGUCUUUGUUUGAACCUCAACACAAGUUGCGUUGUCGUUGAAACUCGAAAGCGUGAAAUCCUAACGAAGGAAGGAAGAAGAGGAAGUUUUGUUGGUGUUUUCUGUGUGUCUCAGAACAAUGAUGGAAGAAAGAAGUGCCUCCAACAACAGAUCCUCAAAAGGAAAGAAAGAAGACCUUUUCCAUGUACUUCACAAGGUUCCUUAUGGAGAUUCCCCUUAUGUCAGAGCAAAACACGCCCAGCUGGUGGUGAAGGAUUUGGAAGGGGCAAUUGUGUUAUUUUGGAAAGCAAUAAACUGUGGGGACAAAGUGGACAGUGCUUUGAAGGACAUGGCAGUGGUGAUGAAGCAAUUGGAGAGAUCAGAAGAAGCCAUUGAAGCAAUUUCUUCAUUCAGAGGCCUUUGCUCCAAACAAUCCCAAGAGUCCCUUGAUAAUGUACUCAUUGAUCUUUACAAGAAAUGUGGGAAAAUAGAUGAACAAAUAGAAUUGCUGAAGAGAAAGUUGAAGUUGAUCUACCAAGGUGAGGCCUUCAAUGGAAAACCCACCAAGACAGCACGCUCUCAUGGCAAAAAGUUCCAAGUUUCUAUUAAACAAGAAACUUCAAGAUUACUGGGAAACCUGGGCUGGGCCUACAUGCAAAAAACGAACUACAUGAUGGCCGAAGUGGUGUAUCGGAAAGCCCAAAUGAUUGAUCCAGAUUGUAACAAGGCCUAUAACUUGGGCCUGUGCCUCGUUAAACAAGCCAAAUUUGAGGAGGCUCAAUUUAUUCUUGAAACAGUGUUAAAAGGAAACCUUCCAGGCUCGGAGGAUAGCAAAUCAAGGAAACGGGCCCAAGAUUUGUUAAAGGAGUUGAGGUCAAUGUUGCCUCCUCCACAAUUGUCAGAUCUUUUGGGCCUGGAUGAUGAGUUCAUCAAAGGCCUGGAACGGUUGGUAAAUGAAUGGGGCCCAAUUAGAUCAAAGAGACUUCCAAUUUUUGAGGAGAUUUCAUCAUUUAGAGAUCAACUAGCUUGUUAAAUUCCUAUACUUUGUGUAUAGAUUUUUGAUGGAUUGAGAGUGUUACUUUUGUUUAAGAGUGAGGAAUUGAAUGGAGAGAAGAUCUAGAUGUAAAUUAAUAAUGAUAAAAAAAAACAAUAAGACUAUUGUUCUUAUGAACAUCAAUGAGACAUUUUGGAAGCCACUUUUAGUUUAUAGGAUUAUUGGAACCAAAAAUGAAAUGUUUUCUACACAAAUGAAAAAUGUGAACUUUAGCUUCA